UUGCGUGAAAUUCAUUGAUAUAAUUUUAAAUUCUGAAAGAAUUUCUUGAAAAGCAUGUUCGAGAAAUGGCGUCGUUUGAUCGAUGCCUGAACUGUUCGCGACUGGGCUUGCUUCUAGAAUGGCUGCUACGCGUGUCAUUACGAGGCACAAGAAUGAUGUCGAAGAAAGGGGUUAAGUACCGAUCAAGUUGGGCGCUGUACGACGAAAAUAUCGAGAAUGUGGAACAUGUAAACCUUGAUCUCGAGGCUCAGCGAGAACUAGGCUGUUUGGUUGGCGAACAUGUGUUUCUGGAAUAUCCUUGGGCCUAUGUAUCGCGAGAAGCUGUUUUGAGGCUCACUAACAUCAUAAACUCGUCGUUGUUAGUGCCAUGCCGAGAUAGGAUUGACAUUUAUAGUGGCGACACUUUCCUCGUGGGAUAUUCAUCUACCGAAUUAAUCGGCCACGACUUCGUGAUUUGUUUAACAGAAGAUGCAAAAUUAAUGAUAGAGAGGAGAAAUGCUGACAUCAGCAGGAGAAUCCGAAGCGAGAUUCUUCGAAAGAUUAAAAAGACCGGCAGAUUUUGGCAAUCUCUCGGAAGCGAGACGGCACUAGAUGAGAACUUGGUGAGAAGCACGAGAGAGUCUUUAGAUGUAGAAAUAUGCUUUCCGAUCAAGUCUUUACGUCUAAAUCGGAAAUUGUGCGAUAGAUCUUCGGAAGAAUCUUGGGACAGUUAUGUAGAAUUAAUUCCAUACGAGAGAUUCGAGAAUGUCGAGAGAAAAUAUGUCUCGAAGAUGAUUCAAACGCACUUUGAGCUUCGAGAAAUCGAAGUGCAAAUCUAUCCCGGUUAUCCCAAAAACGCUUGGACUCAAUAUCUCUACGAGGAUAUUCUGCAUACAUAUGUUGAUAAUACUGAAUCAGAAAAAGAAGAAAAGGAGGAAAAGGCGGAGGAAAAGGAGUCGACCGAAGAGAAAUCGCAAAAGGGGUCUGAAGAGAAAAAAGAUACCGAAGAAUCGAAAGAGGUGUCUGAAAUUGAAACGGAACAGAAGUUGAUAAAAAAGAGCCCAUUGGAGCUCUUCUUAGAAGAUCAUGCACCAAAAAUGAUCGAAGCCGUGUGUUACAACACAGUUGUGAAUGCACACGUGGAUGACAUAGAGACGCUUGCGCGGCAAGAGUUUGAAAUAACUCGAUCGCGAGACAUGAUCACUUGCGCGGAACGGUUCUCUCUUGUCGACUUGCGCUUCACGGCAGGCAAGAUCAUCUCCGAUGUUUCCUGGCAUCCAAAUCUCGCCGAUCAUGUGGUCGUUUCAUAUAUUACCGUACCGUCGCGCGAGAUCACCCGAUACUCGUCAGACAUAGAGUGUGGCGUUGCUUCAAAAACGGAAUCGACGGUAUUACUAUGGUCUCUCGUCGAUUCUCUUUGUCCUCGGCUCUCAUUGCGAUGUCACCAAGAAAUCUACUGCAUCUCCUUCUGUCCGACAAACAGUGAUUUUGUAAUCGGCGGUUCCACGUCUGGCCAAGCGAUCGUUUGGAAUAUUCACGAACAGCUAGGAAGACCGGCGGAUAUCGAUUCUUGGACUCAGAAUACCGUGUCAGUUAUUUCUGCAUCCGUGAUAUCUGAUCAAAAUUAUUCACACGAGCUGCCGAUUCACCGGAUACAAUGGCUGCCCGACAAUUAUAGGAUAGAACCGUCUGGAAAAUUGACGAAACUAUCCACUCAUUCGAGCUGUCAAUUCUUGACAAUUUCUGAGGAUGGUAUUGUCGCCACGUGGGAUCUUCUUAAAUACUCCGUUACUUCUCAGCUAAAGCCGAGCGAUCGUAAGGAUCUUAACGGUAUUUUUCGACCGACGUAUCGCUUAAGCGUUCGGUCUUCCGAAAACCCGUUUUUUACACCUCUUUGUUUGUGUCUUCCAUCAGUUAGUGUUUUUCAAGAAAGCGACAGACGUUAUAACGAGUUAAAUUCCACAGACAUAGAUUACAUGAAAAGAUUGUGGAUCGGCACGGCACAAGGACAUUUCGUUUGCUGCAACUGGAAGGGCCAGAUGUUUAAUGUAGAAACAGUCGGUUUAGAGGAAUGCAAACUCCUUCAUUGCAUUUCUGCGCACGACGGUCCCGUUGUAGCAAUUCUCCGAUCACCACAUCUUUCGGAUGUUCUUCUAACGAUAGGCGGUCGUGUCUUUGCCAUUUGGAAAGACGACUAUUUGGAUCUUCCUCUCUUCAGACGAAAAUCCGAUUACGUAUACACCGCGUGUUGCUGGAGCAACCGGCCGGGAAUCUUUAUGAUGGGUACUAGUUUGGGCGAUUUGGAAAUCUGGGAUAUCAGAAGAAAGACAAACGAGCCGAUUUUCAUGCAGACUAUCUCCAGGAAACCGAUAACACUUUUAUCCCUUCAGGAAUCACGCAUGAAUGGCUUUAAGCUAAUUGGUGUCGGCGAUAGCAACAGUGCUUUUCGUAUUUUUGAAGAACCGACAGAAUGUGAAGAUGAAAUACUCGAAAGAAUGGAUUGGUUUGAAGAGUAUAUAUGGCGAGAAGUGAGAAGAAAAAUGUUUUCUUCGUGGCAGAAAGAUAUCUUUCAAAAUGAUGUAACAGUCAUCACUAGAAAACAAGCGAGAAUAAAUGAAGAGCACAAGUUGAAACUUGAAAUGACAAGACUAAAACUCCAUCGAGAACAUGAAGAACGAUUAAAGUUGGAGGCUGAAGAAGAAAUACGUAAAAUGCCAAAAUCCAAAGACACUAUAUGGAAACUGCGUCAGCAAAAGAGGAUAAAAAAAGCUCUUUUAGAAAAGAAAAAAUUCGUACCACGAGAGCUGGAGGAGAAGAGACUGCUAUUAGUUCGUUUAGCUGAGGAAAGGAACCAAAAGAUGAUCAAAGCAAUAAACGAAACUGCAUGUCGGGAUAAGCAUUUUGAUAAAUUUGUAUCUCUCAAGUUUCCUGAAUACUAUGAUGUUACAGAAAAAGAUAAGAUUUCAGAAGUGGAACCUGAGACGGAAAAGGAUAAAGAAAUGAUAGAAAUAUAUUUGCAAGAAUUUUAUAAAAUUAAAGACGAAACGCGAAAAAUGAUAGCAGAAAAGCUGUAUGCUCCAAAAUUUGAUUGGAACAUUUGCAUAAAGAAAGAGAAAGAAAGACUAGAAAAACUGAAGAACUGAAGUUCAUAAAUGCAACUACAAAAAUUCUCUUGAUACAUUCUCUUAUAAGGAGAACCACUAUUUUGAUUUUACUUUACGUUACAUUGAAUUGCAAACGUGAAUUGAUAAGAUAAGAUAGCUUAGACUGUCCAGAAAAUUUCUUUGAGUAACGAA